CGACUCCAAAAUUCUACGACUUCAAGAACCUUUCCGAACAUAAGCAUAACAUUGAUUUCUCCAUGUCUCCCUAAAAGGUGUGCUAAAGUACUGCAGCAGCAGAUGUUUUCCUUGAGAUACCAGCCACGGUAUUACGAGUCAACUUUUCGAAGAAGAACAAGAAGUAGAUGAAAUUCACCUUUACCUCCUUAGCAAAACCUCGACCAGACUCCGACCUUCAACUUCAUCCAUCUUGUUUCAUUAGUUGAGCGAGAAAAAUGUCCGCCCGACAGGCGAAGAAGCUCCAGGCGCUGCAGGAGCAGCAAAGGAAGGAGGAGGAGGCAAAAUUGAAAAAGGAACAACAAGCGAAGAACGGAAAAAACAAGUUGGACGCUGUUGACGAAACUGAAGAAAAAACUUCGGAAGAGGAAGAAGAAGACGAGGAGGACGAGCUUGCCGGGCCGGUGAUUCAGCAACAACCCCGGAAAAAUUUGUUCGCCGCGAUGGUUUCGUCCUCAGACGAGGACGAGGAAGAUUCUUCAGAAGACGAGGAAAGCGAUAAUGGCAGUGGGGAGGUAGAAGAAAAUUAUAACCCGUCUAGUACUUCUCCCGCCCCCAAGAAGUCCACGAGCAAGAACAGUCCGCCCGGGCGGGGAGGGGGUGCUGCAGGAGGUAAUGGCAACAACAAGGGGGCAAAUAGCAAGAAAGCUACUUCUUCGUCACCAGACGGCAAGAAGAAUCCCGACAAGCGUGAAGACCACGAUACUGACGAAGAUAACGAAUCGGAUGACGACGAUCUCAAAGCGUUAGAAGAGGAAGAGAAACGGCUUCUGGAAAAUAACCUUCAUCUAGACGGCGUAUCAAACAUCCACGGGAGUAGUUCAUCCUCCCGUUGUGGAAACGCUAUCAGAAAGCACUGCACCGGGUUGGAACAAAUUCUGAAACUCAACAAGACCAAUUUCUCGCCCGACGCCGAGCACCGGCGCAUUUUCGGCACCGCGGCCCCGGUGAAUGAGAGGAACAACAUGCAUAUCACAAGAAAAAGUGUUAACGUUUUUAGCGGAAUUUGUGAUGCAGUAACGCAUCAGAAAAGGUGCCCAAAUUUGUAUUGCGUAGCAUGCAUGGAAGGCAAAAUUUGUAAUGCAUAGCUGCCAUCUGUGAAAACCGUUACCGUUUACACUUUUUUGUUUGAUAAUGCAAGCCCAGCUCGAGCGGAACGGGGGUAUUCGUCUGCCGCCGCACAUUAUCGUGAGAAAAAAGUGUUACAGUUACACACUCUGAUGCAAGACAAGCAAGACAGACAACCUCUGUCAUGCAGGAAAUGCUUGCGUCGUUUCAUUUGUGUUUUCCCUUAUAGAAGUCUGCGCAUUACAAAUUUUCUUUGCCAUGCAGAGCAACUUUGUCAUGCUGAAAUUCCAAGAAGUGUGUAGCUGUAUACACUUUUUUCCUGUGAUACGCAUCCCGCGAGAAGCGGCGACCAGAAUGCGUCAGAUGAUCAAAUCCAAUCAGUACCCGCCGCACUUCAAGAAGCUCUGGCUUUCCAACAUCGAUUUCCUCGAAGUCGGCCCAACCAAACCGGACCCCAGCAUGAGUGGCAGUUGCGUGUUUUUCCAGACUACUACAUCUUCACGGGCAGAUGAUAUGCAACGCAAAAGCAUAGUACUAGUACAAAUUGCAUUACACAUUAGCCCAGCAUUACAAAUUGAAUUUGUAAUGCUGAUUUACCUUGAGAAAGAGAUUUGUAAUGCAUAAAUGCAAUUACUACGAGUACGAUACUUUUGCACAGGAUAGAUGAAUCCGCAGAACAAAUCGGCACGCUCUACGGCCUUCAGCUGGACUUGAACAGCAAAAAAACGGAGUCUCUCGCGCUGGAAUUCCAGGACAUUGUUCGGAUGUUUGAUCCACACUUACUGCAGGAGUUCCUCACCAACGCAGCUCCGUUUUACAUCGAGGGGCUGGUAUUAAUCGCCGAGUUAUGAAUUGCAAAAGUGUCUGGGUCUGGAAGGUUGGAUCUUGUGAUGCUAACUUUGGACUCUAAAAAAAUCUGUAUUGCGUGACCAGCAAGAGGAGUUUGGUUUGUGCUACGCGGGGAGGGCAUUUGUCAUGCGGAGUAGGCAUCAGGAAGGGUUCUAAAAGUCUGUGAUGGUAGGGCAUGCAUCACAAACAAUCCUGGGUCAUGCAAAAUAUGCAUGACAAACCCGGCAACCUUCCAGACCCAGACACUUUUGCAUUUGAUACGAGUUGAUGCGGAGCCGGCAGGAAUACGAGGAAAGCUGGCUCUUCUGCAAACGGGCCUUGUACGUUUUGGAACUGCAGUUGCCACGGGGACUGGUGCCGGAUUUUCUUGCCUACGAUAAUUCGUUUUCGUCUAGUGGUUCAACAUCAACUACCACAGCUGUUUUGGAAACCACCAUCCCCUCCCUCCACCCAACCGCCUACUAUCAAAUGCAAAAAUGUCUGGGUCUGGAAGAUUGCAACUUGUCAUGCUAAAUCUGAAUCAUGUAAAAAUCUGUUUUGCAUGAUUGCCAAAAGCUGUCCGCUUUUGACCUAAUCGCGAGGCAGUUUCUUAUGCAGGAUAGGCAUGAUAGAACUAACACAGAAUCUGUCAUGCUAUGUCCUACAUACCAGACCUCAUGGGUCAUGGAAAACCUGCAUGACAAGUCUGGCAUUCUUCCAGACCCAGACACUUUUGCAGUUGAUACCUACCCGGUGAUGGCAAGGGUUCUCUACCUGUACAUGCAGUUAUGAAAGUGCACAACUCCCCCUCCCCUUCAUUUGUCAUGCAAAAUCCCAAAUCCAGCUGCUGCCUUGUAGCACUGUUUGCAUGAGAAAUAGAAAUUCUGGAAGCCCAAAUAGCACUACAAGCCGUGGUGACUUGUCAUGCACAGCAUACACGUGUGCUGGUGUUUGUAUUGCUGUUCAUACUAGUAUAAAAAUGAGGGGGAGGGGGAAAUGUGUACUCUCAUAGCAGCUGUUAGCGAACCGAGGGUUGUUCGUAACCGCCGCGGAGGUGUGCAAGUGGUUGUGGAAACUGACCUACUUCGGGGGCGAGGGGAACUCCACGAAGGUUCAAGUUGUUGAUCAUGCUUCCGACGUCGAGACCGCAGCAAGUAUUAAACAAUCAGGCGAGCAGCAGCAGGAAGCAAGUGCAAGAAGCAGCACAAGAUACAUUUUGGACAAGGGCAGUAAGAGUCAGUCCCCCUGGGCGAUCCUUCCGGCGGUGAUGGUGGAGAAAAUACCAGAAGACGCAGAAGACGCAGACAAAAAACUUGAAAAGCCCUCCAUCUUCGAAAAACACUACGGCAGCGUGAAAAAUCCUCUGCCAAAUCUCCCGAACUGGUUCUACAAGGGGUUCGACCCCCUGCACGUCUUGCCACACUACCUCUACUACGUUUUACGGGCGAGAAAAUACGAGUUGAUCGACGAGAUUUGCGGGGUGAAGAUCAUUUUCGACGAAAAGAAGAAGAAUUACGAGUUUGUUUCCAAUUUGGACUAUUUCAACAAUUUAGAGUACUUCGGAACCACUAGCAAAUUUGACCCGGAGAGGGAAUUUUCGGUGCCGCACUUGACAAAUAUGAGAGUGCAGAAUUCCCCCGCCACCCUCUCAUUUGUCAUGCAAAAUACCAAAUCCAAGUGCUGCCUUGUGGUGCUGUUUGCAUGACAGACUUCUCUGGAACCCCGAAUAGUACUACAGUAUGCACGCAUGAACUUGUCAUGCACAGGCUCCACAUCUGCGGACGUUUGUAGUGCUGUUCAUGCAAUACAAAUGAGGGGGAGGGGGACGAGUUGUGCACUGUCAUAACAAAUCUGCUUCCCACGACGUGUUACGUGCACGCCUUGUCUUUCUACAACCGGUGGAACGCGAGUAGUGGUGGCAGUUCGGUGAAGAAGUUGUUUGAUUUUGUGGAGAAGGAACCGUUUAUGAUUUCGGAGGUGUUCGAUAUGCUGUGCAAAAGUAUCGUACUCGUAUUGCAAUCAUGCAUUACAAAUUUUUUUCUGGAGCUAAAUCCGCAUUACAAAUUUCAUUUCUCAUGCUGAGGAAAUUUGUAAUGCAAUUAAAAUUAUACGAGUACGAUACUUUUGCAUUGCAUAUUCGAUUGGAAGCAUCAGUUGGUAGAUUGGGAAAAGCUGAAGGAUUUAAAUCACGACUACGAUCAGAAGGUUGUGGAAUUCGAGGAAGAGGUGGAAAAGCUGCGAAAAGAAGAACAGGAAUUACAAAACGCGCAGAAACACAACGACAGAAAUAAACAAGUGGACAAAGACGAUGUUCUUGCAGUAGAUUCUCCUUCCGAUGAAGAUGACUCCGUGGUCGCUGAUUCCAGCGCGAACGAAGAUAUCGGUACUAGCGGCACCGCAUCAGCAUAUUCGAAGUCAGCCGCGUUCAACCAAAAGGUGAAGCAACUGGAGAAGCAGUAUUUCCUGCCGACAAACAUGAAGGAACACAACUCUCUCCUCAAACUUCCGACGGAAAACAACGCCAAGGUGCUGCUCUACCCGAUCAUGAAGGCGCUUUUCCUGUAUCCGAUCUGCUUUAAGCAGAUGCUGGAGAAAUCCGAGGCGAUUGACAACCUCGACACCGUACCGAAACACUCGAUGCAAUAUUACAACGCAAAUGUCAAGCCCGGGGAGCAGAAAGCAUAUGAAUUGCAGAAGUAUCGUACUAGUAGUAUUGCAUUACAAAAAAUUAGCUCAGCAUGUGAAAUGGAAUUUGUCAUGCGGAUGCAGCUAAAGAAAGAGAUUUGUAAUGCAUAAAUGCAAUUACUACGAGGAGUGCGAUACUUUUGCAUAGGAUAAAGCAAGGACUUGGACGAUUCUGUUCAACAUUUUGUACGAGUGGAACACAGGAUCAACAUGUAGUGCAGGAGACUAUCAAAUGUAAAAGUGUCUGGGUCUGGAAACUUGUGAUGCUAGGUGGCGUAUCAUGCGGAAGCCAUAAGUGCUGGCUCAGCAUGACAAGUUUCUGAGCUUCUAGGUGUUGCCUAUUCUGCAUGACAAACUGCGUUUUUGCAUGACAGGAAAUUGGGGCUCUUGGGUAACCUGCAUGACAGAUUUAAGAGUCAUGCCUGAGAAGCAUGACAAAUCGCGCAUUCUUCCAGACCCAGACAUUUUUACACUUGAUAGAGACGGCGCAGCUGCAACUUCUACGGGAGCAGCAGGUGGUCAACAAGAACUACAUCUUCAAGAACAAAGCGGUAUAAUUUGGGAGGAGCUGAAACUAGAAUCGGGCACGGCGGAGAAAUAUGAACUGCAAAAGUAUCGUACUCGUAUAAAUGCAUUACAAGUUUCCUUAGCAUGAAAAAUAGAACUUGUAAUGCUGAUUUGCCUUCAGAAAAAAAUUUGUGAUGCAAGACUUGCAUUUAUACGAGUGCGAUACUUUUGCACCGGAUAAGAAAUUUUUCGUUCUUUUCACGUCCGAGCACGUGGUGAACUGGAUUCAUUUCGUCUUGGAGAAAAUGAUCCGGAAAAUCGAGUCUUCGCCGUUGUUUUUGAAAGAGUACAAGCAGGCGCGGAAGGAGUUUGUCGGGUACAUGUUCACGAACAAUGUAGAUGUUAUCGCGGAGAAUUACUACUUGGACAAAACCGACCCGGAGGAACGGAAGGAGAUCGACCGGUUGAAGUUCACCUACUUUGAAGACAAGUCGCUCGCAAUUAAGGGCGGUUGGGUCCAAUCCUGCUACAACGACUUGUCCUCCGCCGAAUACAAGGAAAACGCACGGGACGCAAUUCUCCCGGCGUUAUUCCACCACAACCUCGCGACCGCGCAGAGUAGAGUCGGGCUGGGCGGACGGAUGAGGCGAGGUGGCGGGGGUUUAUUUCCCGGUGGUCUUCGGGGAAACAAUAACGGACCGGCAGGGGCGCAGUUUUUCGUCGACGUGAUGCGGCAAUUAGCGGGGGCUGCGGAUGAAGGCAAUGGAGUACCUGCGGAGGCUGUGCUCGCAAGGCUGGCCGACAUCGAGAACUUUUUGGGCGGUAUAUAUAAAGUUUUUGUCGCGCUUAGAUUUUUUGAAGCUGGUUGUAUCUUUGGUCCUCUUGACCCUGGUGCAGUAGGAAAUUUACUGCACUGUAGAACGCGAAAAUGGAUGAUGAAUGCGGGAUAUCCCUACUUUUUCCGCCAUCCCGAUGAAGGAAGCCACGGUUUGGAGUAAGUACCACGAACUAGUAGUGGUCAGUACUGAGGUCAUGCUCAUCUUUUCAAGAGGACGCGUCGCUCAACGACACAAGAUCAGUCUACUUCAUCCCCUGCCACCAAAAGAAGUGGCACGACCUGAGUGGCUAUUCAUUUUUUCGCAAGAAUAGAACACAAAGCGCAAUGUUCUUGUAUGAAGCGCAAUGUUCUCAACAAGCGAACAUAACAAUUUUUGCUUCUCUUUGGUCGUGAAAAUUGUAAACACGAGGGAAGAUGAAGCUGGACUCAAUUAUCGGAACUACAACUUUUCCUCCCCAACAGAUGAUGUCGGGCGCGUGCAAGCGUUGCGUGAACAACUUUUCUAUGCGUUGCAAAUAUCUCUGGGUCUGGAGGGAUGUACUUAAUCUGUGAUGCUGCAUUUGCAUACUACAAAAAUCUGUAUUGCAUGGACAGCAAAACAAGAGGUCCAGUUUUUGCCGCGGCGAGAGGGCAUUUCUCAUGCGGUAUAUUAUAAGCAUCAGGAAGCCCUCGGAAAAUCUGGGAUGCUAGGGCAUGCAUCACAGACGUCAGUGUGCAUUACAAACGUUGCGUCCUUCCAGACCCAAACAUAUUUGUAUUUGAUAUUUUCGCGAUGAUGCGGCAGGGGGGUCCACCUCCACCCGGGGCCGCUAGUACUACCCCGCCCGCCGCCGGUGGCGAGGAACCACCACCACCUGGGCAGGAAGAUCCAGGACGUCUUCUUGCAGGUUUUCGGGCCGGCGAGUUCCACCUUGGUCGCAGUUUUUCCGAUGUCGGCUCCAGCGAUGAAGACGGGUCACCUCGUCUACCGGGACCGGGUCGGUGGACGAGCGAAGCCGGCCAAUUAUAUGCCGCCGGCAAACGAAGUAUCCGUAUCUACGAUACUUCUAGUACAGCUUGCAUUACGCGACCCGCCACUGUGAGAACAAGAAUCCAAUUUUGCAACACCCAAGAACAUCUUCUCGCACUCGCCAAAGAAAGCAGAUUUCUGUCAUGCAGGAAGAUUGCAAUAACGAUUUUUAACGAAGUUGUACGAGUAUAAUUGAUACGGUUCUACUUUUGCAUCUUGAUGUUGUUCGACGUGUCGCACAAGGAGCAGGCGCUGAUGAAGCAGCAGACGGAUUGCAGCGAGAAGUAGAUGACGUCGCACGAGGAGAGUCGGCAGAGGGAGCAUCACCGGAGGAACAAGGCGCAGAGGGACCAGGUGGAGAGUACGCUGAAAAUAACUACAGCUCUGACGAAGACGAAGAGUUGGCGGAAGUCAUUCAACGUUCGCUGCGGGAGCAGUGA